GCUUUCAAGGUUACUGAUCAUCGCGACUUGAGGCACAUUGUGCGUUUUUCAAAGUCAUGUAUGUCUUUCAUGGCCUAUUCGAUUGAAUAUCUCUUUUAAAAAAGACUUUUCCUGUUUUCCUUCAUGAGGCAGUAGUUUCAGCUGACAUGCGUGUUCAGUCGUCAUGCAGCUGAGAAAGGGAUAAAAGUAUUAUAUUGCCUAUCACUACUCGGGAGAUAGUAACUGAGAUACGUCUGGAUACAGUACAUGGUAUGUUACACGAAUUGCUACUUGCUUUACAUGGAAUUGCUGGCGGCGUAUUCAGUGAAUCUACUACAGAGACUGAGAAUGAUUUAGGACUAACUAAAUACUUGAUACCUAUAUCUAAAUCCCUUCCUCUUAUACCUCAAGGAGAGCUUGUUCUUUAUACAAAACUGCUUAGACUUGGGACAUGCUAUGGAUACCUUGAAAGAUUUGUUCGGAAUUUUUCUGUACCGAACUACGGUUUAUAUGUAUCUGCUUUUGCUUUUGGUAUCGAUGCUUCACUUAGUGAAUAUAGAGCAGACUUACACUCACUAGAGACCGAACUUUUGAUGCACGCAGACCUUGGAGCUUCACACUUGUGUUACCGUCUUCAUUCCUACAAUAUUUUACUACCUAUACUCGUAAAGAUUACCAAGAAGGUGAAAAAUAUUAUUGAAGAGCCUGAAAGUUUGUGUGAUAACCCUAGCUGCCGAGUUCUAGAUGUUAUAAUAUCAGCAACGCCUGCAGGCCUUCUGGGUCCAAGAUUUACUAUUCAGAAGUUGGUGUAUCAUGUCGUGCAGGUGCUUUAUCGACAAUUAUUAUCAUGGCUUAUAUAUGGUGUUCUUCAUGAUCCUUAUUCAGAAUUUUUCAUCAAGCGGGUAAAUCCUGAUUCGUUAACUUUUAUGGAGCUGUCUACUUACUCUCCUGUUGACGUCUCAGUGACAGAUGACUCAUUAGAGACAAAACCAGUUUUUGUUGUAGAUGUUCAUCGUAUACCUUCAUUUCUAUCCACAUUGUUUGCCCAAAGAGUCCUCGCCACUGGUGAGGUUAUGUGUUUUAUCAGUAGCGAUCCUUCAGAAGCGCCGUUCCUCUUAGAAUUGGAAAAAACAUAUUAUCGGGGCUUUUCAGAAAUCCCAACUUGUUUUGAAGAAAGUGGUGAUAAACAGUUCGAUGAGAAAAUUUUCAGGAAUCCGCUGGAUGUUCGCAAAAUUAACAACUUAGUGUGUGAAAUCCAUAAUGUCGUUUCAUAUCAUGCUUGGCACAGUUUGAUGAACAAGCACAAACUAGUUCAAUAUCUUCACUUAGUUAAAGAUGUGCUGCUUUUAGGACGAGGUGAAUUAUUCUUGGCGUUCUUUGACCAACUUAAUAUUUCUUCUGAUCUCAGUGACCUAGAAAGCGAAAUAAAUUUUAAGAUCACACACAACAUUUUGGACAAACCUCCUCCAACAGAUGACAGUGAAAUCCGAGAUCUUGAAUCUAAUAUCACUGCAGCGUUUCUAGGAGCAGCUCGUUCUUUGGGUCUGAAUGAUGAGAUGUUAAAUACCAGCUUUAAAUUUUUAAUAAGAUUCAAAAAAGCAUCCCAUGAAGAUGAGAUGACGCAAAAUUUAACUGUUUGGGAUUGCUUACAUAUUCAAAUUACUGUUCCAUCACCACUGGAGUGUUUAUUCUCUGCGCAGAUCUGUUGUGCUUAUGAUAGGUUAUUCCGUUUCGUAUCUUCUAUUCGUCGAACACAACUGAAGUUACAACAUUAUUGGGCUGAUCAGAUUCUAUUAUGGCGUCGUGCUCGUGAUCAUACUCAACUCCCUUCAGGCUACUAUGAUGUAGUUAUGUCAAGAGACUAUUUUCAUAAAUCACAGUCAAAUAUUACUCGUCGUCUACUAGUUCGUAGUCACAUGGCAUUUAUAAUUGAAAAUCUACUAUAUUAUUUACAGGUUGAUGCCAUUGAAUCACAAUUCUCACAAUUCAUUCAUCGUCUGCAUACUGAACAAGAAAUUGAAUUGAUUCAGAUAGCUCAUGAAGCCUUUUUAGCCGGUCUACAAGCUCAAGCACUCUUGUUUAUGCCAAACGUAAAGUCAGCCAUCAUGAACUUACUAAAUAUUUGUUGCCAGUUUGUGAAUAUAUCAGAUCAAAACCACAGCAGUAGUUAUGACUGUGAAGAUACCGAUGAUGAUACCCUUGAAAAUAUUGAGUUACUCAACAAAGAACAAGAAAUAAUUGACAAGUUUUAUCACCACUCUGAGUCUCUGUACAAAGUGUUGGAUAUGUCAUCUGGUGUUAAAAGUAACGCUAGCAUAACGUAUUUUUAUACAAGUCGUUAUUCACGCAUGAAUAAACAUCGUCCAUCUGUAGGUACAGAUUUAAGACAACUGUUAUCACGCCUAGAUUUUAAUUUUUUCUAUAGUAAAUCACCGGAGAAUUUGAUUUAAGCUGAGUGAGAGUAUUAUCAUCGACUUACCUAUAUUUGCUUUCCAGAAAAAAAUUUUAUGCAGCAUUUGUUUAUGUGAUUUUUGGGUAGUUUUCUUCCUUCUCAUUUUUUUAUUUAUUCACUGUUAGGAAGCAAACACCAAUAGAUUACUUUUGUUCACAUUCGUUUUGUAUAUAUACAGAAAAUAAUGACUUAUUUUAGAAGCG